CUCUCUCGCGUCUUCGCUUCCAAGAUGACCAAGAAAAGAAGGAAUAAUGGCCGUGCCAAAAAGGGCCGCGGCCACGUGCAGCCUAUUCGCUGCACCAACUGUGCCCGAUGCGUGCCCAAGGAUAAGGCCAUUAAGAAGUUCGUUAUUCGGAACAUUGUAGAGGCCGCGGCGGUCAGGGACAUUUCCGAAGCGAGCGUUUUCGAUGCCUAUGUGCUUCCCAAGCUGUAUGUGAAACUACAUUAUUGCGUGAGUUGUGCCAUUCACAGCAAGGUAGUCAGGAAUCGUUCUCGUGAAGCCCGGAAGGAUAGAACACCUCCACCCCGAUUUAGACCUGCGGGUGCUGCCCCACGACCUCCACCAAAGCCCAUGUAAGGAACUGAGUUCUUAGAGACUGAAGGAAUUCUAUCCUUUAAAAAGACAAUAAAAUGGAGACUAUACUUAA